AUGACCUUUUUACAAUCAAUUAAAAAUAUCACAUCCAAUACUGAAUCUAUAAUUAAAAAUGCAACAAAUACAGAACCUUUAGGUCCUUAUAAUCAUGAGCUAAUUGAAAUUUCAAAUUUAACAUAUAAUAAAAAACAUCUUUCAAUUAUAAUUUCAAUAUUGACUCGAAGGUUAAAGUAUAUAAAUGAUAUUUUUGGUAAUAAAUGGGGGAAUGAGCUCACUAAAAGUGCCAGUAUCAAAAGAAGUUUUACUUAUAAGUCAACGAAACAAGAUAAUAACAAUUCAAGUAGUUCAAAUUUAGAAUUACCGAAGCGUUCAAACACCAUGAGUUAUAAAAAUCACAAUUAUAAUAAUGAUUCAAAUUUAAAUAAACAUUGUUUAAUUUUAUUAAAGACAUUAACAGUUACAUUAUAUUUAUUACAAAAUGGCAGUCAACAAUUUUUAGAUUGGAUUCAAUCGGAGUAUUUGGAUUUAAUUAAACCAUUGACUAAGAUAAUAUAUCCAAAUAAAUAUCAUGAGAGUUUAAAAUUCAAAUUAUUAAAGAUUUUAAAUUUGUUGGACAAUGAAUCAUAUUUAAGAAAUUAUAGACUGAAUUUGCAUAAAUUAAAGACAGAUUUAUUAGUACCUGGCAUGAAGAGAACAAGUUUAGAUAAUAUUGAUUUGUUAAAUGUUAAUGAUACCGAAAUGAUGGAUCAAAAUUAUAUUUACCAAAGAACAAAUAGUGUUGAUUCAACGACACAGAAUAAAGCAAGAAGAUUGAAUUCAAAUAGUCUAUUACCAAAUGAUCAUUCAAGUAGUGCAUUUGCAAAUACCUCAGACAGAUCACCUAAUAACAAUCUAUCAAAUUCACCACCCACUUUAUAUAAACAACAUACAUUAUCACCAUUAUUCAAUUGA